GGCAGUGUUUACCCAGCCGUCAGAGGGGGAGGGUGUGCGUCGCCUCUGCUCCUGUCUACCCAAGAACUGUCUCGCACCUGUCUCGCCUUACAGUGAGGUACAACCAAGUAAACCCGCACGAUGUCUGAGGGAGGGACGAGAGAAGGCGAGAGAAAGAUGCCUUACCCUCGUGGCGCCUUCUUUAUCCUCGUUGGCUAUCUUCUGGAGCGUUUCGUCUACUAUGGACUGUUUGGUGGCGCUGUGUUCUAUAUGCAGAGGAUGCUUGGCUUCACCUCCUCCUCUGCGAAGACUGUGAAGGCUGUCAUGGAGGGACUCAUCUACUUAGCCCCUAUUGCUGGAGCUAUUCUCGCUGACACCUAUUUAGGAAAGGCAAGGACAGUAUUCCUCAUGUGCUGCGGCUACACAGUGGGGGCUGCUAUCUACACCCUUUCAUCAGCCAGCCCCAUCAUGGCCACUGUGUCCUCGGCGCGCGUCACAGGAAUCAUGGGUCUCCUAGUGCUUGGAAUCUGUGCUGGGCUGAUGAAGGCUGUGUACUCGUCUCUCGGUGCUGACCAGUUUAAGAUUCCAGAGCAGAGGGAACAGCAGAAGAGGUUCUUCUACGCAUUCUACUGGAUGAUCAACGCUGGGGCCUUCCUCGGACAGCUCAUGACGGCCCAACUAAGAGACUCCGUACAGUGUUUUGGUGAUGACUGUUACUUCCUUCCUUACGUCAUCCUUGUGGGUCUAAUGGCUGCCUCUACUCUCGUCUUUGCGUUAGGGCGGUCGCGGUACGUGGAGGCGCCCCCGGACAAUAUGUUGCUGCAGUCAAUCCGUUGUAUGGGCCACGCCGUCAGGAAGAGCUGGGACAAGGAGAGGAAACCCGUGGACCAUUGGUUGGACCGCUCCCUGGACAGGUUCUCGAGUGAUCUGGUGCGGGACGUGAAGACAACACUGCGGGUACUGUGUCUGUUCUGCACCUUCCCGCUGUUCUGGGCGCUGUUCUACCAAACCUCCACCGGCAUGAUAUUCCAAGCCAAGCGACUGGACGGCCUUAUUGGGACCUAUCGCAUCCCUCCUGAAAUGUCCUCCACUGUCAACCCGCUGCUAAUCAUCACCCUCAUCCCUCUCUUUGAUGUCGUGGUGUACCCUCUCCUCACCCGCGCUGGCCUGCUCACCAAAACCACCUCCAGAAUGAUCGUAGGCAUGGUGUUCGCGGUGUCAGCCUUUGUGGUGUAUGCUCUUGUCAACAUCAGCGUGGAGCAAGUCAUUCUGCCAGGGUCCCACGCCAGGGUGCACGUGUAUAACGCCCUGCCAUGCCCCGCCACAGUCUCCCUGCCAAAUCUAGAGGCGUCCCAGGUUCUCUCCGGCGGGCGUCUGGUGCCUGAGGACUUUGAGGUGGAUGGUGACCAGGUGGAGGUGGUGGUGAGGGCUAUCUGCUACUCCGGUGGUGGUGAGGUGAGGGUGGUGGUGCCUGUCACUGGUGCUCAUGAGUCUACCCUGGUGAUGGCCCCCACUGGUCCUCUCCCUCUGCCCCCCCUGGAUUACAUCAAGGACGAGGAUGCUGAGGCUAAGAUCCGAAUUAUCACCCCGGACGGCAGUGUGGACAACCUCACCCUAAAAUAUGACACCCUGGAGGAGCCGUUCACCCUGGAGGGAAGCGGGCCGAGGUGGACACCCUUUAAAAAACUGAGCCCGCAGGAUUACAAAGUCGUGGCCAGACCGGGACCCUUUGGCGCCUUGCAGGACACAGUGGGAGACGCCCUUGUGAGGCAGGAUGGGGUGUAUGACGUGGUGGUGUCUGGCAGCGGCGCGGAGACCUUUGUGUACGAGAUGACGCCGCCUGCCCAAGUUCAUAUGAUGUGGCUGUUCCCUCAGUACCUCCUCAUUACCAUCGGCGAGGUUCUCUUCUCUGUGUCCGGCAUGGAUUUCGCCUACUCACAAGCUCCUUUCGCCAUGAAGUCAACGCUACAGGCUGCCAACUUGUUCACUAUUACGAUCGGAUUAUGGCUGUUUGCUGGGCUGAAUGCAAUCGCAGCGGCUACAGGUUCCUUCAAACACCGCGCGUCCAAUGAAUCCUUCCUCUACGCGGCUCUCAUGGGAUUAAACACCAUUAUAUUCGUGUUCCUCCUUAAAUGGUACCACAGGAGCGAAGGAGCAUCGGUUUCCAGCUCAGAUGAAGGGUUGAAUGCUGCUAAUGGUGAUUCAAAGCCUUCUUCCUCCUCGUCUUCUGCGUCUGUGUCUGGGAAAGGAAGGAAGGAAGAGGAGGUGGAGAAAUCUGCUCAUUCUAAUCCGGGUUUUGUUGAUGAUCAUGCUGUUUGAGUGUGUUUGAGUGUGUUUGAGUGUGUUUGCGUGUGUGUGUGUGUGUGUGUGUGUGUGUGUGUUUGCUUCCAUAUUUUUCUUCUUCUUCGUUAUUUGUUCUUAUUCUUAUUCCUUUUCUUGUU